CUCUGCUCCACACACAGAGGGAGGCUCAGGAGAGGCUCUUCCGCUUCCUGCCCGCGUUCUCCGCCGACUAUAAAUGCCACGCGAAAAUAAAUAAAUGAUUUCCUUGGCCUUCUCCAACGGAGCACCCUACACUCACUCCACAUUAAAUUCCACCCAAUUCCUGCGUUUCGUCCAAGCGUCCGGCGGUUUCUUGCAUCGGCUGAGGCGGCGACCAAUCCAGUUCACACAAGGAACUUGUUUCCAGUUUUUACGGUGGGAGUUGUCCUAGGAUGGUUUUUAAGUCAGGUAAACUCUGAGAGCAAUGAAGGUGGGAGACUUUGUUGCUAGAGGCAGAAAAGUAUGAAGUGGCACCAGCUGUCGCCAUCGGACGCGAACGAUAUGAAGGGUGUUCCAUUGCCUCGCGCGAGGCCGAGUCCAAGAAGACGAAUAUGGAUACCAGUGGCUGUGUCUUUCAUUGCCAUCACCGUACUCUGGGCUUAUCUCUACCCACCCCAGGAUUAUACUUAUCCUGUUAGGGACUGGUUUCCUUCAGAACCUGCCAGGGAACUGACUGAUGAGGAGACUGCUGCGCGAGUUGUCUUCAGGCAGAUCCUCUCGACGCCGCCUUUUCCAUCCAGGAACCCCAAAAUUGCCUUCAUGUUCUUGACUCCGGGCAAAUUGCCAUUUGAGAAAUUAUGGGAGUUGUUCUUUAAGGGCCAUGAAGGUAGAUAUACAAUAUAUGUCCACGCUUCACGUGAGAAGCCUGAACAUAUCAGUCCUGUAUUUGUUGAUCGAGAAAUACACAGUGAUAAGGUAGGAUGGGGUAUGAUUUCUAUGGUUGACGCAGAGAGGAGGUUGUUGGCAAAGGCCCUGGAAGACAUAGACAACCAACAAUUUGUAUUACUUUCUGACAGUUGUGUUCCUCUUCACAAUUUUGACUAUGUUUAUGACUUUCUCAUGGGAUCAAAACACAGUUUUCUUGACUGCUUUGAUGAUCCUGGGCCACAUGGAGUUUUUAGAUACUCAAAAAAUAUGUUACCUGAGGUUCGAGAGACUGAAUUUCGGAAGGGCUCUCAGUGGUUUUCGAUCAAGAGGCAGCAUGCAAUGGUUGUGAUCGCAGAUAGCCUUUAUUAUUCAAAAUUCAGGCGUUUUUGCAAGCCAGGAAUGGAAGAGGGUCGUAAUUGCUAUGCAGAUGAGCAUUACUUACCAACACUGUUCCAUAUGAUGGAUCCUGCCGGAAUCGCUAAUUGGUCCGUGACUUAUGUUGAUUGGUCUGAGGGGAAAUGGCACCCCAGAUCUUUUCGAGCUAAAGACGUCACUUAUGAACUCCUGAAGAAUAUGACGUCAAUUGACGUGAGCUCCCACAUUACCAGCGAUGAAAAGAAAGAGCUCUUGCAGAGACCUUGCUUAUGGAAUGGACUGAAGAGACCAUGCUAUUUAUUUGCAAGGAAGUUCUACCCUGAAGCUUUAAACAACCUCAUGAACUUAUUCUCCAACUACACAAUUUUUUGAGUCCCCAUGGUAAAACCUAGGCAUUACUGGAAGCAUCUGAUUCUCAGAAUUCUUUUGUACACUGCUGGAAGAGAUGAUCUAUACACUAACCGCGUACGUACAGAAAUAGGGAAGUUACCUUCGGCUGCAGCAAUACUAAGAUGUUGUUGUCUCAUGGGUAUAUAAUUGUUGUAGGAUUUUAUUCUUUUUUUCCUUAGUUUUCAGGGUUCCUUUUCCUGCAAAUUUUGUCACUACUUGUCGUUGCACAAAAGGUGUGUAAAAGGGAUUCUAUUAUUUAUUCACAGUGUAUGAUGGUAACAUAAUUGUUCUGCAACAAGAGUCUGUCUUCAUUUUCUGGACAGAGUUAUCACUGAAAAAAAAAAGACUGCUGGCUUCCAUGUUGACAUUGA